ACAGCAAGGUCGUGUUUUUUUACCGUACGAGAGGAUUUCAGCAUUUACAGGGUAAAACAGAAGACAUGCCUAACAACACAACAAUAAUAAACAUAAACAACCAUCAUGAUAUUAUAGCUGCACAGACGCCUUCAUGGUUCCAUUUCACUUCCGGUGUGAUUCUUCUUAAUACGACUGUUGUAUCUGUAAUCGCAAACGGAUUUGUUAUAUUUGCAUUACUGCUUAAAGAAAGAAAGCUGCAGACCAGAACAACUGUUUAUAUAAUUGCAAUAUGUUGUUUGAACUUAUUAAUGGCAACGUUUGGAACACCAAUGGUGGUAAUAUCCUGUUUUAACAAACUAUGGUUGUUUGGGAAAUCCGGUUGUACCUACUAUGGGUUUCUGAUGUCUUUUGGUGGUCUUGCGUCAAUAUUUCUUUUGACUAUGAUUUCAAUCGACCGUUACAUUUACGUUGUAAAGCACAAUUUAUCAAAACACCAGUCAACGAUGCCAAUCAUUAUCACUAUUACAAUAUGCUUUUUUAUGACAUUUGGGUUUACCAUUAGUCCUUUAAUUGGUUGGAACCAGUACACAUAUGCAGGAGUUGGUACCUCGUGUGCGAUAGAUCUAACUGGAGAGCAGAAUAACGGCCAAUCAUUUGUCUUAGCUCUAUGUGCUAUCUACUUUGCUUUACCAGUUUCUGUGAUGAUAUUUGCCUACGGUUCUAUUUAUGCAAAGGUGUUGAAAGAUUCCAAGGCCCAAUUGGGAUACAGCCGAAGGAAGGAUGUCGCGUUACAAAGGAAAGAAUUUCGAAAGAAAUUGUCCAUGGAACAAGAACUUGCAAUAACAGUUAUCAUUAAUAUUGGUUUCUUCUUAAUGUGUUACACACCAUAUGCAUGUGUUCUUUUAUGGAAAGCAUUGAGUAAAGGUGCUGAAAUCGACCCUAUUGUCAUGGCAAUACCGAAUAUGAUAACUAAGAUUGCGGGAGUGUUCACACCAUUCGUCUUUUUAAGCAAGAACAAGGUUUUUAGAGAACAUAUGUUGAAUAUAUACCCGUGUUUCAGACCGAGGAAUGUAGUACAUACACGUGAAAGUAUUGAACAAACAACAAUGACAACUGUACAAAACAUAGACGAAACCACAAACGUGCGUCCUUCCAAUACAAAACAGGGCAACAACUCAAAGCAGCCUGACGAUAGAUUUUAA